UAGAUUUGCCACCAAAUCCGUUACGAUGCUAUUUUAAAGGUAAAGUGCACAUGGACAAGUCAUUGCAAUUGGUUGAUCGGCAUGGGGGACGUGUAUGGGGCGGAGCUGCAGCACCCCGUGUUCCAGGCCCUGGACAUCUCCGACCUCUUCGCGACCAUUGAAGACCACGAAUCCAGGAUACAACAUGCCUUUGAAUCUCCGAAAUCCUCGUUCCAGACCUUCCACGACAGUCUGCAGGACUUGUUCGAAUGCUUGCAAAAGCUCAAAGCCCAGUUCCGUGCAUUCGCGGUACGAUCUACCUCUAGCCUUGUACUAACGUGAACGGCGCACGUUCCAGGCCCAUCGAUCGCUUCACAUUGACAACGCGACGUUUUCACGAUGGAGAACCAAACUCGACGACGCGCACAAAGUGGAAAAGACGUACCUCCACACCAUCACCCAACUGCAAAGUCAAGUCAUGGAGCUGCAGCAUCAGCGCCAAGUGGCGCAUCGGACAUUCGAAGCUGCGUUGGCGGCCAUGGAAGCGCGGAUCUCGACGCGAUUGUCCGUCGCCGAGUUGGCCGAAUGCGAGCGCAUGUGGGCGCACGAGCGAGAAAGUCUUGGUAUUGACACCGCCAACAAGAUGGAGGCGCUCGAACAGCGCGCGGAUGAUCUCCAAUGUGCGUGUAUACUGCUGUCACGACAUCCAAAGCUUAUCUUAGAUCAGGUCAACUGCACCAAACUGGCGACUCGCUGUACCAACGGGAACACCGACUCAAGUGCCUCGAGCAAAUGAUAGACGACAGCCAGCAGCAACCGACAGCGUCACCGAUGACGAUGCGGCCUGUGACGCCGUCUGUGUCGGUUGUAGUGACCACUUCCGGUCCAAGAGGACCAGUGCCGCCACCGAAGCCCACGACAGCAUCGGCAGCAGUUCAAGCCGAUCUCCGACCCCCGCCUACUCGACCCUCGAAGCCCAAAACCAACACUGAAAUGGAUCAAGACAUGAUUCUCAUUGAGCUGGAUGCGAUCCGGAAGCUACUGGACAGAGACAUGGUCGACGGAGGUGGCGGAGCAUGGGACCAAGUGCGGUCCUGCGGCGUCCUCGCCUCAGUGGUGUCCAUCAAACAGCGCCUCGUGACUGGCCUGGCGAUUGCGAAAAUGGUGAAACUCCGGACUGCAGCUGAUACGAACAACAACAACCAAGUGCUGUCUGCGAGGCAUCGACCACAGCAACAACAAGCGACACCCGAAACGCCUCUGCUUCCCCACUCGACUCAUAACGUCCUAACCACAAAAGCCAACCUGAAACUAACCCAACGCCACAAGACGUCCACCCUCCCCACCGUUCACGCGCGCUCCAAGAGUGCAGUGAGGAGACCACCUACGCAUACCGACACCUGUUCAAGCGGUGGAGCAGCGUAUUCUGCUCCAGGCGACAAACUGUUCAACUUGAACUUGGAUCAUCCAGCUAGCCCUGGGCUGUUGUCGAUCCAAAGCAGUCGCGAGCGCCAGCCUGCGCGCAUGUAAAUACAACUGUGCCAUAAUCGAGCAUUUUGAUUGGCGUGCCAAA